AUGGGACUGCUUGAGUUUAUAAAGGAUUAUUUUAUUGGUUUCUUGGACUAUGAGACCCCCAAGGUAAUGGUGGUUAAAAACAAAAAACUUGGAGUCAUAUAUAGAGGGGUUCAGUUUUUUGUGAUCACCUAUUUCAUCUGGUAUGUCUUUAUCAGUCAGAAAGCCUAUCAGGACAGUGAGACGAGGCCAGAGAACUCAGUCUACACUAAGAUGAAAGGCACAGCAGUGCAGGGGGACCACGUUCUGGACAUGGUGGAAUAUGUCCGACCCUCAGAGGGCGGUGACGUGAUCAGCACAAUACUGAGACGAGUGGUCACACACAACCAGAGGCAAGGCACGUGUGCUGAGCAUUUUACCGUUCCCAAUGCCAACUGCUCAAAGGACUCGGACUGCAUCUCAGGAAAAGUGGACUUUGAUGGCAAUGGACAAAGAACUGGGCGCUGUGUUCCUUACUAUAACCAGACCUUCAAGACCUGUGAGAUUCAGACCUGGUGUCCUAUUGAGGACUAUGCGGCAAUACGGGAGCCGGCAUUAGCAGAGGCCAUCAAUUUCACUGUUUACAUCAAGAAUGCCAUCCAUUUCCCAAAAUUUAAAGUGUUGAGAGGAAACAUCAAACCAAACAAACGAAAUGGGCAGAAAUAUCUGAAUAAGUGUCAUUACAAUGAGGAGAAACACCCCUACUGCCCCAUCUUCCGGCUGGGUUACAUCGCAGAACAGGCCAGGGAGAAGUUCAGCGAGCUCUGCAGGACUGGGGGAGUGAUUGGAGUCUUCAUUAACUGGAAGUGUGAUCUUGACCUGGACCCCUCGGAGUGUAAACCCACAUACUCAUUCCGUCGCCUGGACCUUCGGAAGAACCUGCCCAGCUCUGGUUACAACUUCAGAUUUGCCAAGUAUUACAGCAAAGAUGGAGAAGAGUUCCGGACACUUAUCAAGGCCUUUGGGAUUCGUCUUGAUGUAAUAGUUCAUGGACAUGCUGGACGAUUCAGCAUCAUCCCAACUAUCAUCAACACAGUGACAGCCAUGACAUCAGUUGGAAUAUGUUCCAUUAUCUGUGACUGGAUCAUGCUCACUUUCAUUGACAAGAACGCUAUCUACAGUGGCAGAAAGUUUGAUGAUGACAGUAAAGUUCCCAAACCCAGCCAGACCUUCACACUUCCCACAGAAUUCACCAUCAUCAGCUAUGGCUCCACCCACUCAGACCUGUCAGAGGGAGUGGCCCUGUGA